AGUGGCACCUUGACAGCAGCUAGCAGAUAUGGAAUCAAAAGUAGAAAAUCAAAAUUUAAGCAGGAUUCUUCUAGAAGAGACAUUCUAUGUGUUGACUAAAAAGAACUGUGUUUUCAAAGUUCGGUUAACAAAGAGUGGAUUAUGUUUGAUAAAGGAGAGUGAAAAUUAUGUGAAAGAACAAGUCAUACCCAUUCGAGAUAUCAUAGGAUGUAGAUGUUUACGUAGUAAAAAACAGACCAAAAGAUGUGUUUGCCAAUCACUUCCUAGGUCAAAAAGUCUAGAAGUUGUAGAAGAAAGUUCUUUGGAUCUUGAUGAUACAGAUACUAGUGCAUAUUUGUAUAUUUAUGCUUAUAUUUUUCACAACUCCAAGGAAUCAAGUAAGAGGCGAGAGAGGACAAUCAUUACCUUGAGAUUUAGAUCAUUUGAUAAAUAUGAAGACAAUAAUAAGGAGGCUCAGAAAUGGAGAACUGUGAUCAAGAAGUUGAUCAAAGGUGAUCAUGUCUCAUUAUCUACUAUUUCAGAAUUCACUAUUAACAAUAAGGAUAGAGAAUAUAGAAGACUUUUAGUACUCUGUAAUCCAAAAAGUGGGGCAGGCAGAGGAAAAUGUAUAUUCCAACAAAAAAUAGUUCCAAUUUUAGAAGAGGCUGAAAUUCCCUAUGAUUUACAUUUGACCAAACAUGCUAACUUUGCCAGGGAAUUUGUAAGAACUAAUAAUUUGUACCAGUGGAGUGGAAUUGUUGUGGUAGGUGGCGAUGGAAUAGUAUUCGAAGUAAUCAACGGCAUAUUCGAGCGUUGGGACUGGUCGGACAUAAUAAAAUCGAUUCCCGUCGGCAUCAUACCGGGUGGCUCAGGAAAUGGUCUGGCCCGCAGCAUAGCCUAUUACUAUUCCGAGCCCUAUGCGCCGUCACCGUUCCUACCGUCCGCCCUAGCGGCAGUCAGGAGUAACUACGCCCCCAUGGAUUUGGUCAGGGUGGAGACCACGUCUCAAAUCAUGUUCUCGUUUCUGUCUGUCGGUUGGGGCCUGUUGUCAGACAUCGACAUAGAAAGCGAACGAUUGAGGAUGCUGGGUGGUCAGAGGUUCACAAUUUGGUCACUAGCCCGUCUGAUAGGCCUUAGAAGUUAUAGUGGAAAGGUAUGGUACUUGUCUUCAGAAGAUCCACUCAAUGCGCCCAAGGAGCAGCUUUGUACGAACGAUAUUGGUAGUAACUGCGAUCUCCCCACUGAAGUCAACUUAGAAACUCAAACAGGGAGGCAAAGAGUUGAUUCUUGGUACAGCGCCAAUUCUCGCAAAAGUGCUUACUUCUCGGCAACCGGUACCACAUACGCAUCCACGGCUGACAGUGGUGCAGGAGACCCUGCACCUGGAAGUAAGCCAAGGAUAUAUGGCCCAGCUUCCCAAAUACCUGGUUUGCCAGCACCUCUGCCUCCUACCUGGAAAUGCAUUUCUGGAAGGUUUGUUAUGGUACACGCCUCCUACCAGAGCCAUCUAGGUGAAGACUGCCUAUUCGCACCUGACGCUCGACUUAACGACGAAAAGAUAUGGUUGUUGAUAGUUCAUGAUGGAGCCAGCAGAUCUCAAUUGUUGCAUUUUCUGCUGGGGCUCAGUACGGGAGCCCACGCUACUUCCAAAUCUCAAAACGGUCUCGUGGAAUUCUUUCCUGUGAACGCAUUCAGGAUAGAGCCUGACAUGUCCGAGUCGGGAUAUAUGACAGUUGAUGGUGAACUAGUCACUUACGGGCCGAUCCAGGCUGAGGUUUUUCCUUCUCUGGGUAGAAUAAUGGUUCCCUGAUCAGAACAUUCCUCUACUCAUAACGGGAGUUUUGUUAACAAAUCAAAAGUUGUGAUUUUAUCAAGUCUUGAGCCUUUACUGCUCAGGCUUGACAGUAUUUAGGCCUUUUUCUGUGAUUGCCAAACGUACUCCAAAGUGUAAUUAGUUUUUAUUAUAUUAUAGGGAUAAUCUAUAAGCGGGAACGAAGGUCUUAAUAAUAAUGUUUCUAGACCC